UUACAAUUGUCAAAUCAACUCUCAAGGUAAAGUAAAUAUGAAAUGAAUUUAUUUCUAGAGAAAAUAUACUAUUAUUUUCUUAUAAAUAUUGAAUUAUAAUGAUUAGAUUGAGCUUAUUUAUUUAACAUUUGUAAACACAGUCUCUAAUAAUUAUGGCUAAACUUCAAAAAUCAGGAUUCGUUAUUAAACUUACCUCCGAAACGGUACAAAAAUUGUCCGAAGAAGAACAAAAGGCAAAGACCGAUUCUAUUUCCACUAAUACCAUUGAUGCCAGUGAGACGGAAUCUACAAAAUCGAUAAUUACAGACGAAAUCAAAAACUCACAGUUAUCGAAGGAGGUCAUAAAAGAUAGUGAUAAAUCUAACCAAAAACAAACCAGUAAUGAUGCAAGUAAGUCAAAAAACUCAGUGUCUGACAAUAAAACUAAUGAAGUGAACAAAGGCAAUGAGUCUUGGGGUGACUAUGCUCCAUAUGUAACAUAUGAAGGUGAAGAAGCCAUUUAUACAGACCCUUCUACACAACACAAAUACACUUGGAACAAAACAACAAACUCUUGGGACCCGCAGUCAGGAGGUGAUGUACCAGGUCGAGUCUAUAGCUACGAAAAUGAUUUACAUGUUUACACAGAUCCUGAUGGAUCAAAAUCCUUCUGGGAUGAAGACAAGAAAGCCUGGCUACCAAAAGUGGAUGAUGAUUUCUUAGCAUUUUACCAAAUGUCCUACGGUUUUGUUGACAAUACUAAACAGGAGGAAGUUGUAGAGAAAAAGAAACCUGAAAAGAAACAAGAUGCAGCUGGAGUGAAGAGGAAAAAUGAACCACAGUGGUUUGAACCAUCUGAAGAUAAGAAUACAAAGGUAUAUGUAUCAAAUUUACCUUUAGACAUGACUGAAGAAGAAUUUGUAGAUCACAUGCAGAAGUGUGGUCUCGUUGAACGAGACCCAAGCACACAGAAAAUGAAAGUCAAACUGUAUAUGGAUAAAGAACAAAACUGUUUCAAGGGUGAUGCUCUAUGUACAUAUAUUAAAGUUGAAUCAGUUGACCUAGCGCUAAAACUACUUGAUGGCAGUGAUUUUAAAGGAAACAAGAUUAAAGUGGAAAAAGCACAUUUUCAAUUGAAAGGUGAAUAUAAUCCGGCUUUGAAACCCAAAAAGAAGAAAAAGAAAGAGCUUGAGAAGAUAAAGAAAAUGCAACAAAAGCUGUUUGAUUGGCGACCAGAAAAGUUUAUUGGAGAGAGAUCAAAACAUGAGAGGGUUGUAAUUGUUAAGAACUUGUUCCAUCCCACAGACUUCGAUAAGGAGGUUCAAUUGAUAUUGGAUUAUCAACAAGAUCUCAGGGAGGAGUGUGGGAAAUGUGGUGAUGUCAGGAAAGUGGUGAUCUAUGAUCGGCAUCCUGAAGGUGUGGCACAGAUAACAAUGAAAGAGCCAGAACAAGCAGAUGCUGUCAUACAAUUAAUCAAUGGGAGAUGGUUUGGCAAGAGGCAGAUAACUGCUGAAAUAUGGGAUGGUAGAACAAAAUACAGGAUUGCUGAAACUGAUGCAGAUAUCAGUAAGAGAAUAGAUAAAUGGGAUAAAUUCUUGGAAGAUCCAGAAGACAAGGAGAAAAAAGUACACCCGAAGGAAACAAAGGUUGAAGAUGUGGGAAUGAAAGAAAAGUGUAAUACAAGUUCUGAACUGGACACAAAAGAACAAGAAAGUAUUGUAAAGUAAUCUAAUGUGAAUAUCUUGUAUAUUUAAGAAUAAAGUUUUAAGCAUUUUUA